AUGGCUACUUUCCAUCAUCAGAAAUGGUUUUCAAUGAGUGUUCUUGUUCUCUACAUUGUUCUUCAUUUGAGCGUGGUUGCACUUGGUGAUGAUCACAAGCUUGAUCAAGCCAGGUUCGAUGAUUGUCGAUUUGGACGUGGACCAGGCUGUAGGCGUGGUGGUUGGCCGGGUCGUCGUGGUGGGUUUGGAAGAGGAGGAGGAGGAGGACUUGGUGGGGGCGGUGGUGCUGGAGGCGGUUUUGGAAGAGGAGGAGGUGGUGGUCUUGGAGGUGGAACAGGUCAUGGUGGAGGUUUGGGUGGCGGGGGUGGUUUAGGUGGUGGAGGAGGUCUUGGUGGAGGUGGCGGAGCUGGUGGGGGCGGUGGUGGUGGGUUAGGUGGUGGCUCAGGACAAGGUGGAGGGUUUGGAGCUGGGGGAGGUGUUGGUGGUGGAGCUGGAGGAGGUCUUGGUGGAGGAGGGAUAGGUGGUGGGGGUGGAGCUGGAGGAGGAGGUGGUGGUGGUGUAGGUGGAGGUUCUGGCCAUGGAGGAGGAUUUGGUGCAGGCGGCGGUGUAGGAGGUGGAGCUGGAGGAGUAGGUGCAGGAGGUGGUGGUGUAGGCGGUGGAGCUGGAGGAGUCGGUGGUGGAGGGGGAGGAGGAGGAGGUGGUGGUGGUGGUGGUGGUGGUGGAAUAGGCGGAGGUUCAGGUCAUGGUGGAGGAUUUGGUGCAGGUGGUGGUGUAGGAAGUGGAGCCGGUGGAGGAAUUGGUGGAGGAGGGGGAGCAGGAGGCGGUGGCGGCGGUGGAGUUGGUGGAGGUUCAGGCCACGGUGGAGGGUUUGGUGCAGGUGGUGGUGUAGGAAGUGGAAGUGGGGCAGGUAUAGGUGGUGGUGCAGGGGGUGGUCGUGGUGGAGGUAUAGGGAUUGGCAUUGGAAUUGGAAUUGGGGUUGGAGUUGGUUCUGGAGCUGGCCAAGGAACUGGUGUUGGUGUUGGUUCUGGUUCGGGAGGAGGAGGUGGGGGCAAACAUUAA